AUGGAUUCUGUGACCGUCUUAGCAACUCAAUUGCUGCAAGACGAUCUAGUUCCUAUUACCUCUCAACAGCGCAACAGUCACAACGUGUUGGGUGCACUACAAGCGUGCAAUUUGAGUCAACUUCUUCCAAAAUUGAGAAAAAUGGUCAUUCUUACAGGAGAUGGGGAUCUUAUCAACCUCGCUCAACAGGCCCAAAACGCCGCACGAAAAAUACUGCAAUCCUAUGGGUCAUUUUUCGAUUCAGCUCUUUUAAUGAACGGAAACAGUGGUACCGUAUUGAAUCUUGCCGACACACCAGUUGAAAAUAAUCAGCGUCAGUGCGCCGGCGAUCGCUCAGUCCGUAAAUGUGUCAAUCGAGGAACCCAGUCAUUUGUUGAUACUCCUUCAGUAGUUCCCGAUAAGAAAGACGCCUUCACAAUGACGCAGGAUGUGAUUCCCCCGCUAGCGGGCGAGUCCAGAACAGCGUAUUUGAUGCAGCUACGGAAACAACUGACUAGUGAACAGGAGCAAGCACGCAAUUUGAGUUCUCAACUUCUGCAUUGUCAGCGUGGGGCGGAAAAGAUGCGUUUGAACUGGAUACAACGUGAAGCGGAAUUGCAGGCCGAGUUGCGUGCCUGUCAGGAUCGGGAAUCAGAAUUGAUCAAAUCCAAUACCGAGUUGCGAAACGAAUUACGUCUGGCUGAUUAUCAAAUCAGUCAGCUCCAGUUUCGUCUUUCUCUGUUGGAGCGUGUACCCUCAUCACGAGCUGCUUUUGGUGUUGCUCAUCAGCUAUUGGAAUCCGAUCGGACCGUACCACUGGAUAUGAAUAGGGCUACGCUAACAAGGUCGAGCAAUUUGUGUGAACCAUCAUGUUGCGAGAAUGGGCUAUCCGUGAUCCACCGAUCAGCAGGUGAGAAACGGAAGCCAGCUGCAUCAUCAAAAAGAACUGAUUCUGCGAAUGCACCGUACGAAAACAUCCAGGUUCCACCAGUGAAACUCAGAGAUUCCACCUUAAGGCAUAGCACUGACGUUAGUGCCACCUCUUCACCGGAACGUGUGCUCACACCGCAGCCGAAUGACGAAAAACAGCCGGAACCACAGGAUAGUAUGGACGAGCAAUCUAUCGCUUCCACGGUCAGCCAUAGCAGCGAGGACGCAUCUUCAUUACACACUGCAGACGAACUUGAAUUUCGCAAAGGCUUAGCUCAAUUGGAUGAACGUAUUAACACGAUGCGUCGGGCGUUGUUGCCUCGGGACCGAAUCCGUGUUGUGUGA